GCUGCGUUCAGCCCCGACAAAACGUUGCACAACGUUUAUUAAACAGAAACGGUGAUGCGUUGAACGCCCUGUUGUGAUGACGAAAGAGUUGCAACUACGGUAGCUGAGAGGCCAUUCUUUGUGUUCUUUUUUAAAUGUUUCUGAAGCCUGAUGAAAUCGUUAUAAAUGUGUGUUUAAUACUGUAAAAGACCCUCAAUGUUACAGUCACUGACCUUGCCGUCCAGAAUCAAAGACAACAUUCCAACAUGAACCCAUUGAGCGAGCUGUCUCUUUACUACCGCGUGGUUUUUUACAUCUUGCCGCUGAUUGGGCCGACAUUUCUGACACACCCACUAAACAAGAGAAAACGCUUCUAAAACCUGUUGCAUUCCGUUGCACACCGUUUCCAGGAAACGUGUCGUUCAACCCGGAAACCGUAGCAAAAUGUUGUGCACCGGUGUGAGAUUGAACGUGCCCCAGGUUUACCUGCUUACUCGGUUAUCUAAGAAAACUGAAUGAUUUAGUGAAGAUGAUGAUGAUUCAUAUUUCUGAUGAAGAGUUUUUGGAGUCUCUGCUGUGGAUGUGAAGAUAGUUUUAUUUUAAACAGAACGCUGAGAGUUUAAACUGGAUUAUUAUUUUACUAAACUGAAAGUGAAACUUUGAAGGAUUUUAUCGUGAAGCUCAGAAAAUGGCGUCUAAAUCUUUUUCUGAAGAGGAUUUGUCUUGUCCUGUGUGCUGUGAUAUUUUUACAAAUCCUGUUUUGUUGUCUUGUAGUCACAGUAUCUGUAAAGACUGUAUUCAGAGAUUCUGGGAAAGUAAAGUAACUAAAGAUUGUCCAGUUUGCAGAAGAAGAUCUUCAAAGGAUGAUCCUCCAUUGAAUUUAGCUUUGAAGAACUUGUGUGAGACUUUCUUAAAGGAGAAAAGUCAAAGAUCUUCAUCAGUUUGUCAUCUUCAUGAUGAGAAACUCAAACUCUUCUGUCUGGAUGAUCAACAGCCGGUGUGUUUGGUGUGUCGAGACUCCAGAACUCACAACAACCACAAAUUCUGUCCUGUCGAUGAAGCUGUCAUUGAUAAUAAGGAGAAACUCAAAACUGCAUUAAAACCCUUACAGGAGGAACUGAGAAUAUUUGAGGAGUUUAAACAGAAUUUGGAUAAAACUGCAGAACAUAUAAAGAUUCAGGCUGAACGCACAGAGAAGCAGAUUCAUGAAGAGUUUGAGAAACUUCACCAACUUCUACAUGAUGAAGAAUCAGUCAGAAUAACAGCACUGAGAGAGGAAGAGGAGCAGAAGAGUCAGAUGAUGAAGGAGAAGAUUAAAAAGAUGAGCAGUGAGAUUUCAUCUCUUUCACACACAAUCAGAGUCAUAGAGAAGCAGAUGACAGCUGAAGAUGUUUCAUUCCUACAGGACUUUAAGAGCACAAUGGAGAGAGUUCAGUGUAGAACGUCAGAUCCAGAGGACAUCUCAGGAAUGAUGAUCAAUGUAGCAAAACAUCUCAGCAACCUGAAGUUUACUGUCAUACACAACAUGAAGGAGAAAGUUGAAUACAUUCCAGUGACUUUGGACCCAAACACUGCUCACCGUUGUCUCUUUCUGUCUGAUGAUCUGAGCAGUGUGAGAUUCAAUGAAGAUGCAGCGCUGCUUCCUGAUAAUCCAGAGAGAUUUGAUGUCUCUAAGUGUGUUUUGGGUUCAGAGAGCUUUAACUCAGGGAUUCACUGCUGGGAUGUUCAGGUUGGAGAAAACACACGCUGGGGUUUGGGUGUGAUGACUAAAUCUGCAGAGAGGAAGAAGAAAAUAUCAACCAGCAGUGGAUUCUGGUAUGUGGUGAAUUACUCUGGUACAUACGGUGCAGUCAGUACACCACUAGAAACAGCUCUUCAUCUCUCAGUGAAAGUGAAACUGGAGAGAAUCAGAGUUGAGUUGGAUUAUGAGAGAGGAAAACUGUCAUUCUCUGAUCCUCUCACUAACACACACAUACACACUUUCACACACACAUUUACUGAAAGAGUUUAUCCAUGGUUUGGUGUUGACUGUAAUAUUUCUCCUCUGGUGAUCUUACCUGUAAAAUCAUCUGAAAAACUCUGAAUCAGGGAUUUAAUUUGUUUAUAAAACAGUUUGAAUUUUCUUAAAUUUUUUUGUUGAUGUUUCUUUUAAGAUGAAGUGCAUGAAGUUGCUGUUUUGUUUUUAAUGAAAAGAAAAGUACAGUAAGAUGUUGUGUAAGCUGAUAUAAGUGUCAAAGUCUAUUUAUGCUUCAUAUGUGGAGUAAUAAUCUAUUACACUGUAUUCUGUUAAACCUGAAACUGUGAAUGUUGUGUAAAUCUGAUCAUCACACAUGAUGUAAAUGUCUUAACAAUCUUUGUUGUACAGUUUAGACUCUUUUACACUUACAAUAAAAUAUUUCACUAGCAAAAUCAA